CCAUCUCCAUCUCCCUCUCCACAAUCCACAAAUCCCACCAAAAAUAGUUUCUUCAUCCAGAUAUUUCUUUUCUUUAUUUUUUCUCAUCUUGAGCUGAAAUCUGAACAGAAUUUUCUGGGUCUUCUUCGCUUUCUCUAAUUUACUCUGCAUUUCCAUCGUUAAUUUCUGAUAAAGAUCGAAGCUUUGGUGUGUUAUAUUGCUCAUAUUUUACUUAUUUUCUGUUAAAUGAACAGUCCCUUUUUUCUGGAUUCACAUUUUGCAAUCCUGUUUCCUGAGCUGCCCUAUUUAUACAUUUUCCCUAUUAAGAAGUGUGUUGAGUUGUUGUGUAGCUGAGAGUACAAUAUUGUCCCAAAAGAGGAAAUGAGAUAAAUUUGGUACAAGUAGUCGGAAUUUUUUAGGGAUCGAUAUAUGGUCCCUUAAAACUUCGAAUUUUAUAGGAUUUGGAUUAUUAUUUAUUCCGAAAAUUGAGGUUUAGAUAUUAGUUCCAGUCAGCUGAAAAGCUUCGAGGACUUGUGGAACGAGAUUCGGAGAAAUUAAUGGUUUCUGCAGCCAUGGCAGUUCAGCAGGGAAAGCAUGCAAGUGCUGCAAUGAGUGCGACUGAGGUGUUUCUGCAGUCGAAAGAGCAGUUUUCUAGUGCAGAUGAGUACACUCUUAAGGUGAGAAAACCAUAUAUGAUUACUAAACAAAGGGAAAGAUGGACUGAAGAAGAGCAUGAAAGGUUCCUCGAGGCCUUGAAACUUCAUGGUCGUGCAUGGAGGAAAAUUGAAGAGCACGUGGGUACGAAAACAGCAGUACAAAUCCGAAGCCAUGCACAGAAGUUUUUCUCCAAGGUUAACUGUUCUCAUAAGUUUCAUUAUCUGCCAUUAUGUCCAUAUGCUCCUCCUUUUAAGAAAGUCAUCUAUUUCUUGUGAGGUUGCUCGAGAGAGUAGUAAUGGAGAUGGCAGCAAUGCAAAGCUGAUCGAAAUUCCUCCUCCUAGGCCAAAGAGGAAGCCGGUGCACCCUUAUCCUCGGAAGCCAGGUUCUGUGGUUAAAACUAGGGCAUCAAUAUCUGAGAAAUUAACGAGUCAAGAUGUGUCGGAGCAAGAGACGCAAUCUCCUACUUCUGUGUUAUCUGAAAAUCAUUCGGAUACAUCUGCCAGAGCUGAUUCAUGUACUCCAGAAGGUAUCUCAUCACCAGUGCCAUCUGCUCUUCCUCUUGAUGCCAGUGCUUCUUGUGGUACUGAAGAACCUACAAGAUCCAAAUCAGUGCAUGAAGACGGAAAAUGUAGUCCCAAUGAAGAAGUUUCUCCGGUACUAUCACAAUCAAAUCUGGAGCUUCUGUCUCAAGAUGAUGAUCUUGCUGAAGAAGAUGAAUCUGCUGUUCACCGCCUGAAGCUCUUUGGUAAGACGUUAUUAGUGAAGGGUUCGUUUGGAACUUCAUUUUCGAUGUGCAAGGCUGAGAGUGUAGAUAAAAGUGAAGGGGAUGCUUCAUUCCCUUUGAAAGUGAUACCUCUGAAGGUAACAGUUGAGCAUGUGAGCCAUGUGGAUGCUUCAUCUACAGUUUGUUUUCCAUGGCUGAUGCUUUCAUCAAGUUCGACUCAGCAAAUGCUCAACAAGAAAAACAAUGUCGACAAUAAUGAAGAGAAGGAGGUGUCUUCCAGUGGUUCAUCAACUGAUUCAGACAGAGAAAAGAGCUCGGAUACUGACAGUCGACCUCCCUUACUUGAAAUGAGAGGGACUGCAAAUGAAUUCGCCUCUAGAUUAAGUAAGAGGGCUUCUGCGGAUUUUGAAGAUUGUCGAAAAGGUUUUGUGCCAUACAAGAGACAUUCACGAGAGGCGGAGAAACAGCGCAGCUGCAUCUUCUUGUAGCCCAAUAUACAUACUACUUGUUUACCAAUUUUUUUGCUCUCUCUCUCAUACGAGAUGAGCUGCAGCUGCUGUGAAUUGAAGGCUAUAUAUUGUGCAGGUACUUACUUUCCUAGGCAAUCUUUAAUUUUUUUAUUGUAAUAUUUGCAAUCUUUCAUGGUGGUCUUUAUAACUUUUGAGACACAACUGUGUAUCCUAAUGGAAACUUUUGUGUUGAUCCAGAACCACUUCUGAUAUGCUGUGUUUUAAUUUUUCUGUUUUCAACUCAAUGUAGCAUAACAGUUGGUAGUAACUUUUUUUACCUUUCGGUUCUA